AUGCGUCCAACAACAUUCGGCUCACCUCGGGCGAUUAGGUACGAUCGACCGAGGUGUACCGAGUCUUCCAACGAGGAGGGGUGCGUUCAAGAUCAGUCAACAGUUGAUAGAAUCAUAUUUGAACAAUGGGAACAGGAUAACAAUCUAUUCAUAUCAACAAAAGCGUGUAAGAAAGUAGAACAACUCAUAAAAGAUCAGAGUGUUGUUAUUGUGGCGGGUCACUCGGGAUCAGGAAAGUCUGCUAUCAUUCAGCAUAUUGCACUUAAAUACAGAUCUCAAGGAUGGACUGUAAAACCGAUCUAUGAAGUGAGGGAACUCAUCAAUGACUGUGUGUUAAUACAGAGUAAAACACUUUUUGUGCUCAAUGAUCCAAUUGGAAAAGAAUCAUUUGAUGAAAUAUCACAUGACGCAUGGAGACAAAACGAAGAAAAAUUAAAAGCUCUUUUUAAAAAAGUCAAAGCUUUAAUGUCAUGUAGAAAAUAUAUUCUCAGUGAUGCUAGAAUAGCCGGAAUUUUUACAAACAAAUCAUACAUAAUAGACAUAAAUAAUAACCUACUAAAGCUGAACGAUGAUGAGAAAGAAACAAUAUUUAAAAAACAUUCAGUUGUCAAUAAAUUCUCCAAAGAAGAAUUUGCAGCGAUUAUAAAAAUCGAUGCGUAUUUCCCAUUGCUGUGCAAAUUAUAUUUUAGCAAUCCCACUUAUCAAAAUGACGGAUUAAAGUUUUUCAAAAAGCCAGCUCUUGUUUUUGAAGAGGAAAUUAGAAAUUUCCGAAAGGCAUCCAAAGAAAAAUAUUGUGCCCUAGUUCUUCUUGUUCUGUUUAACAAUGCUCUUUGUGUCAACGAUUUUCUUCAAGAAGAAACCUCUAAAAGGAAAUAUAAACAUGCGUUAGAACUUUGCGGAAUGGGUGAAAACACCGCACCAUAUACAAUUUGUGACAUCCUUGAAUCUAUGGAAGGUAUUUUCGUUAAGAAAAUUGGCGAUAACUUUCAUUUUUACCAUGACUUUGUAAUGGAAAUAACCACUUAUGUGUUCGGAUCAGAUUAUCCUAAAGAAACAAUUGAAUAUGCUGAUGUUAGUUUUCUAAGAAGAAGGGUGAAGUUAGAAGAUUGUAAAGAUGAAAAUGACAAGUUUUCUAUAGUCUUAAGUGACAAAUACAUUGCCAAUCUUGGGAAGAGAUUGUUCAUGGAAAUAUUUGGAGAACAUCUAUUAGACGUUGUCCUUAAUCCUUGUAUGAGAAACGAAAAGGUUAGGAACAUAAUAAUAAAAGAAUUGAACCGAAAUCCAGAAAAAUAUAAAAUGCUACUUGAGAAAAAAGUACUUCAAAUUGAAAAAGAUGAACAGUAUAAAGAAACAAAAGACCUUUUUCUUUCUAAACUUUCCUUUUUGAAUCUAAGAAAUGAAAUAUCGCCAAUGUCUGCUAUGAUUGUAUUUUGUCAUACAGAAUUGUCGUUAUAUUGCUUAAAAGCUCUUACACAAUUGAAAACAGAUAUUGAAGACAUUUCGCUGUUUUCUGCGGUAUGCUGCAAUGGAUCUUUAGACUUGCUUGAUUUUUUUUCAAAUGACCACAUUAAAUUAUUUUUAAAAGACACAUAUGCAUGUUUCCAUCCUAUACAUCUUGUGUCUGCGUUCCAUAAUUUUGAAAUGAUGCAACAGCUAAUAAAGUUUGGCGUCGAUGUGAAUUUACGACAGUUUGGCAACAAUUCUAAUCAAGAUGGAUGUAUUCCCUUAAUAUACGCAGCAACUUCAAAUGAGAAUAAUCAAGAUGAAACCUCGUGUGAAACAAGGCGCAAUGAAACAAUAAAGCUCUUACUAAGCAGUGGAGCAAACGUUAACCAGUGUUCACAGAGUGGAUCAACUCCUCUCCAUGGAGCUUGUUUUUACGGACUUGAAAGAGCUGUGCAACUAUUACUUAGCAAUGGAGCAAACAUUAAUUUAUGCAAGAAAAACGGUGCCGGUCCUCUCUAUAUAGCUUGUGAAAAAGGACAUGGUAGCAUAGUACAACUGUUACUGAGUAAUGGAGCAGACAUUAAUUUAUGCAUGGAGGACGGAACCAGUCCUCUUACUGCGGCUUGUAUUGACAGACAUGAUAGCAUAGUACAACUGUUACUUAGCAAUGGAGCAAACAUUAGUUCAUGUGAUGAGGACGGAACAAGUCCUCUCAUUAUAGCUUGUCAAAACGGACAUAAUAGCACAGUACAACUGUUACUGAGUAAUGGAGCAGACAUUAAUUUAUGCAUGGAGGACGGGACCAGUCCUCUUACUGCGGCUUGUUUUGACGGACAUGAUAGCAUAGUACAACUGUUACUUAGCAAUGGAGCAAACAUUAAUUCAUGUCAUGAGGACGGAACUAGUCCUCUCUAUACAGCUUGUGAAAACGGACAUGAUAGCACAGUACAAUUGCUACUUAGCAAUGGAGCAAACAUUAAUUUAUGCGAGAUAAACGGUGCCGGUCCUCUCAUUAUAGCUUGUCAAAACGGACAUGAUAGCACAGUACAACUGCUACUGAGUAAUGGAGCAAACAUUAAUUUGUGCAUGGAGGACGGAACCAGUCCUAUCUAUAUAGCUUGUCAAAACGGACAUGAUAGCACAGUACAACUGCUACUGAGUAAUGGAGCAGACAUUAAUUUAUGCACGGAGGACGGAACCAGUCCUCUUACUGCGGCUUGUUUUGACGGACAUGAUAGCAUAGUACAACUGCUACUGAGUAAUGGAGCAGACAUUAAUUUAUGCACGGAGGACGGAACCAGUCCUCUUACUGCGGCUUGUUUUGACGGACAUGAUAGCACAGUACAACUGUUACUGAGUAAUGGAGCAGACAUUAAUUUAUGCAUGGAGGACGGAACCAGUCCUCUUACUGCGGCUUGUUUUGACGGACAUGAUAGCAUAGUACAACUGUUACUGAGUAAUGGAGCAGACAUUAAUUUAUGCAUGGAGGGCGGUGCCGGUCCUCUGUAUAUAGCUUGUCAAAACGGACAUGAUAGCACAGUACAACUGUUACUUAGCAAUGGAGCAAACAUUAAUUCAUGUGAUGAGGACGGAAAUAGUCCUCUCUAUAUAGCUUGUCAAAACGGACAUGAUAGCGCAGUACAACUGCUGCUGAGUAAUGGAGCAGACAUUAAUUUAUGCAAGAAAAACGGUGCCGGUCUUCUCUAUAUAGCUUGUGAAAAAGGACAUGGUAGCAUAGUACAACUGUUACUGAGUAAUGGAGCAGACAUUAAUUUAUGCAUGGAGGACGGAACCAGUCCUCUUACUGCGGCUUGUUUUGACGGACAUGAUAGCACAGUACAACUGUUACUGAGUAAUGGAGCAGACAUUAAUUUAUGCAUGGAGUGCGGUGCCGGUCCUCUGUAUAUAGCUUGUCAAAACGGACAUGAUAGCACAGUACAACUGUUACUUAGCAAUGGAGCAAAUAUUAAUUUAUGCAAGAAAAACGGUGCGGGUCCUCUCUACAUAGCUUGUCAAAACGGAAAUGAUAGCACAGUACAACUGUUACUGAGUAAUGGAGCAGACAUUAAUUUAUGUGAUGAGGACGGAACUAGUCCUCUCUAUAUAGCUUGUCAAAACGGACAUGAUAGCGCAGUACAACUGCUGCUGAGUAAUGGAGCAGACAUUAAUUUAUGCAAGGAGGUUGGUGCCGGUCCUCUCAUUACAGCUUGUCAAAACGGACAUGAUAGCACAGUACAACUGUUACUGAGUAAUGGAGCAGACAUUAAUUUAUGCAUGGAGGACGAAACCAGUCCUCUUACUGCGGCUUGUUUUGACGGACAUGAUAGCACAGUACAACUGUUACUGAGUAAUGGAGCAGACAUUAAUUUAUGCAUGGAGUGCGGUGCCGGUCCUCUGUAUAUAGCUUGUGAAAACGGACAUGAUAGCACAGUACAACUGUUACUUAGCAAUGGAGCAAAUAUUAAUUUAUGCAAGAAAAACGGUGCCGGUCCUCUCUUUAUAGCUUGUCAAAACGGAAAUGAUAGCACAGUACAACUGUUACUGAGUAAUGGAGCAGACAUUAAUUUAUGCAUGGAGUGCGGUGCCGGUCCUCUGUAUAUAGCUUGUCAAAACGGACAUGAUAGCACAGUACAACUGUUACUUAGCAAUGGAGCAAAUAUUAAUUUAUGCAAGAAAAACGGUGCGGGUCCUCUCUACAUAGCUUGUCAAAACGGAAAUGAUAGCACAGUACAACUGUUACUGAGUAAUGGAGCAGACAUUAAUUUAUGUGAUGAGGACGGAACUAGUCCUCUCUAUAUAGCUUGUCAAAACGGACAUGAUAGCGCAGUACAACUGCUGCUGAGUAAUGGAGCAGACAUUAAUUUAUGCAAGGAGGUUGGUGCCGGUCCUCUCAUUACAGCUUGUCAAAACGGACAUGAUAGCACAGUACAACUGUUACUGAGUAAUGGAGCAGACAUUAAUUUAUGCAUGGAGGACGAAACCAGUCCUCUUACUGCGGCUUGUCAAAACGGACAUGAUAGCACAGUACAACUGUUACUGAGUAAUGGAGCAGACAUUAAUUUAUGCAUGGAGUGCGGUGCCGGUCCUCUGUAUAUAGCUUGUGAAAACGGACAUGAUAGCACAGUACAACUGUUACUUAGCAAUGGAGCAAAUAUUAAUUUAUGCAAGAAAAACGGUGCCGGUCCUCUCUUUAUAGCUUGUCAAAACGGAAAUGAUAGCACAGUACAACUGUUACUGAGUAAUGGAGCAGACAUUAAUUUAUGUGAUGAGGACGGAACAUGUCCUCUCUACAUAACUUGUUUUAACAGAAAUGAUAGCACAGUACAACUGUUACUUAGCAAUGGAGCAAAUAUUAAUUUAUGCAAGAAAAACGGUGCCGGUCCUCUCUUUAUAGCUUGUCAAAACGGUCAUGAUAGCACAGUACAACUGCUACUUAGCAAUGGAGCAAACAUUAAUUCAUGUGAUGAGGACGGAACUAGUCCUCUCUAUAUAGCUUGUUUUGACGGACAUGAUAGCAUAGUACAACUGCUACUGAGUAAUGGAGCAGACAUUCAUUUAUGCAAGGAGGUCGGUGCUGGUCCUCUCAUUAUAGCUUGUCAAAACGGACAUGAUAGCACAGUACAACUGUUACUGAGUAAUGGAGCAGACAUUAAUUUAUGCAUGGAGGACGGAACCAGUCCUCUUACUGCGGCUUGUUUUGACGGACAUGAUAGCACAGUACAACUGUUACUGAGUAAUGGAGCAGACAUUAAUUUAUGCAAGAAAAACGGUGCCGGUCCUCUCUUUAUAGCUUGUCAAAACGGAAAUGAUAGCACAGUACAACUGUUACUUAGCAAUGGAGCAAACAUUAAUUCAUGUCAUGAGGACAGAACUAGUCCUCUCUAUAUAGCUUGUCAAAACGGACAUGAUAGCACAGUACAACUGCUACUGUGUAAUGGAGCAGACAUUAAUUUAUGCAAGGAGGUUGGUGUCGGUCCUCUGUAUAUAGCUUGUCAAAACGGACAUGAUAGCACAGUACAACUGUUACUGAGUAAUGGAGCGGACAUUAAUUUAUGCAUGGAAGACGGAUCCAGUCCUCUUACUGCGGCUUGUUUUGACGGACAUGAUAGCAUAGUACAACUGUUACUGAGUAAUGGAGCAGACAUUAAUUUAUGCAUGGAGGGCGGUGCCGGUCCUCUGUAUAUAGCUUGUCAAAACGGACAUGAUAGCACAGUACAACUGUUACUUACCAAUGGAGCAAACAUUAAUUCAUGUGAUGAGGACGAAACUAGUCCUCUCAUUAUAGCUUGUCAAAACGGAAAUAAUAGCAUAGUACAACUGUUACUGAGUAAUGGAGCAGACAUUAAUUUAUGUGAUGAGGACGGAACUAGUCCUCUCUACAUAGCUUGUUUUGACGGACAUGAUAGCACAGUACAACUGUUACUUAGCAAUGGAGCAAACAUCAAUUUAUGCAAGAAAAACGGUGCCGGUCCUCUGUAUAUAGCUUGUCAAAACGGACAUGAUAGCAUAGUACAACUGCUACUGAGUAAUGGAGCAGACAUUCAUUUAUGCAUGGAAGACGGAACCAGUCCUCUUACUGCGGCUUGUCAAAACGGACAUGAUAGCACAGUACAACUGUUACUUAGCAAUGGAGCAAACAUUAAUUUAUGCAGGAAAAAACGGCGCCGGUCCUCUGUAUGUAGCUUGUCAUAACGGACAUGAUAGCAUAGUACGACUGUUACUGAGUAAUGGGGCAAACAAUAAUUCAUGCAUGAAGGGCGGUGCCGGUCCUCUUUUCAAGCUUGUCAAAACGGACAUGAGAGCGUUGUACAACUGUUACUGAGUAAUGGCGCAGACUUUAAUAAAUGUUUCAAAAACGGAGCCAGUCCCCUCCAUAUAGCUAUUCAAAGAGGACACAAUACCAUAGUUCAAUUUUUGCUGAAUGCUGGAGCUGAUUAGAAUGUAUGUACGGUAAAAAGAGAAAGUCCUUUAAUAUUUGCAUGCUAUCAGGGGAAUUAUGACUUAGUACAAUUUUUACGAAGCAAUGGUGCAGGCAUUAAUUUAUGUCACCAAGACGGAGCCAGUCCUCUAUUUAUGGCUUGUGAAGAAGGUCAUGUUACCAUCGUACAACUUUUGCCAAGUAAUGGAGCGGACAUCAAUUUGUAUUAAAAAAAAACCCAAAGCCACUCCUCUUUUUAUAGCUUUUUAUAGUACAGCAAAACUUUUAGUUUCCAAGCACAUUUCUGGAGCAGAUUUGCUUUAUGUUAUAAAGACGGAUCAAGGCAGUUCCUAAUUGCUUGUCAAAAAAAGUUUGAUUGCACUGUACAGCUUUUAUUGAGUAAAGGGGCUGGUAUUAAUUUGUGUAUGGACAAUGGAGUUAGUCCACUCUUUUCAGCUUGUCAGAGGGAAAAUGAAAGCAUUGUUGAACCAUUACUUCUUAAUGGAGCAAAUUUAAAUUUGUGUCGAAAUGACGGAACAAGUUGUCUCCAUGAGGCAUGCAAAAACGGGUAUUAUGGAAUUGUGAAACUCUUACUUAAAAGCUGAGCAACCGUAAAUUUAUGUGACAAAAAUGAAGAUAGUCCGUUAGCUUUAGCUUGUAAAGAGGGGCAUGAAAGCGUAGUUCAAUUUUUACUUGACAAUGGUGCAAAUGUUAACCUAUGUCUUGCAGGCGGAGUUAGUUCGUUCCUUUUGACUUGUGAAAACGGCAAUGAUAACAUCGUACAGUUGUUACGGAUGGAGCGGAUGCCAAUUUGUGUUUGUAAGACAGUAAAAUGAUCACUGUUUCUGGUUGCAUGUUGAUGAAAUGAACAUGUGAUUCAUAAUGUGUACCAUACAUCAGUGAUUGUGCUUUUAAACAAAGGUAUCAUCAUGGUUUUUUUUUUUUACUCAGAUGAACCUUAGAUUCAUGAGAAAUUUUCUGGCCCUUUGUUGUCCGUUGUUCAUCCGUCUGUAUACUUUUUGAUGGAUGUAUAAUUGUAUUUACAGUACUCAAUACCUGCAAGAAAUAAUUUGUUUUGCUCAGGUCACUAACAUUUUCGAUAGAGUUACAUCCCGUGUUGCAUUCAUUUUAAAACUAAUUUGGUUGGUGAUUAUUUUUUACUCAUUAGAAACCUUUAUGUUUUCAGUAUCUCCGUGUUUGUUAAAUGACAUGGGCUUUUUUAACAUUUAAUUAACUUUCUUAUUAUUUGUUUAUUAUCAUAACUGCAAAGAAAAAACAAUUAUAUCAUAUAUAUUAUAUAAUUGACACUAACAUUUUAUUGUGGGUCACAAUUACUACUAUGCAAUCAAAAGAAAUUGUGGUGACUCAGUUUUGUGGAAUUCGAAUUCGUGGGUUCCUCUCAUCCACGAAUUAGCACCCCCACGAAUUGAUAGGAAAUAAAGUUAUAUUCCUUUUGUAAGUAUAAGGGAAUACACGAAAUUACAACCCAUUGAACUUGUAAAAUUUAAUCCACGAAAAUUGGUCCCCAUGAAAUAAACGAUUUCAAUACAUUCAGUAUAUAGGUUGUAGAAUUUUAAAAUAACCUGAAAUCACUUUGAAACAAAUGUUAUUUGUGUUAAUAAAUACCGUGUCAUUAGCUUAUUGAUCAUUUAUUUAAAACUUAAUAAUAGUUAAAAGUCAAAAGAACAUGGUAAACCACUUUGUUUUUCAUUUACUAUGUAUUUUUAUUUCUACUAUAAUUACUUAACUUGAUGUAUUUUAGAACUGGGAGGAUAAUAUCCCAUACGUUACAUUGAAGUAUCUAUGAUAUACGUUGUAUUCUUAUGCAUUUUCAAAUACUAAGAUGUAUGGGAAUUGCAGAAAUAUUUUUAUAUCAAAAAUGAUGUUGAGCGGAAGAUUGAUAUGUUGGUUGAUUUUUUUUUUUUGGAUUGUGUGACUCACGAAUAUAUAGCUACCCUUCGAUUAAUGACUUAGUUUAGAGGGAGGUAUUUAGUACAUACAUAUACUCAACAAUCUAAUUAAAUAUACAGGCACUUUAAAUCCAAUUAUUCCGCCAGCAGAAAGAAUACAUUCAUUAAUGGUAAAUGAACACUAAAUACGUUUUUUCCCGAUUGCGACACGGCGGGUGUGGCCGGUCAGCAGAGAAUUCUUACUCCUCUUAGGCAGCUGAUCCUACCUCUAUUUUAUGGAGGUCCGUGUUGCUCUGCUUUGAAUUUGUAUUUUGUUUUAUGUAUUUUUGAGAUUGAUGACGGUUUGUUAUUGUCAUUUUGUUCAUUACUUCUGAGACAUACAAUGUAUUUAUAUAAUGUAGAUGGAAUAGCAUACUAAAUAAAACUUAAUGUAUUUGAGUUCUUAUGGUAUCAUAAAAAACUUAAUUAAGUGAAUUUACCUGUAAAUGCGACAUUUAAUUUGGUGCCUUUUACCUUUAAAUAAUUUAGUUCUGUCUUCUCUAUCUGUAGUGUAUGUAGAUCCGUUAUCAUUUCUUUUUCUUUUUUCAAUUGAACUUUCACAUAGUCACAUAACAGAGUAUAAUCAUAGCGCAUGAACAUAGAUAUAUAGUUGC